AUGGACCAACAUGACAAUUCCACAACAAUGACAGAAUUCUUCCUCCUUGGAUUUCCAGGAGUCCUUCCAGAAUAUUACGCAGCAGUUGGAACCCUUCUCCUCUUCAUUUAUCUCACACUUGUAGGGGGAAACAUUUUCAUUAUUGCAUUUGUGUCUUAUGAAAAGAGUCUUCAAAAGCCAUGCUACCUUGUCUUCUGUAAUCUCGCUGUUGUUGACUUUGCUUUUGGAAGCACCACAAUGCCUAAAAUAAUUGCAAAGUACCUGUUAAAAGAUGAAACUUUGACAUUUCAUAGUUGCAUUGCACAAAUGUUUUUUGUCCAUUAUUUUGGCACUGUCACUUCUUUCCUUUUACUAUUGAUGGCAAUUGAUCGAUUUAUUGCCAUAUGUAACCCGCUCAGAUACCCAGCUCUUGUUACAAACCAUUCCAUGGCAAUCGCUUGUGUUUUCUUUUGGGUUUUUCCAAUCUCAUUUCUGACAGUGAUAGUUCACCAGACCACAGCCGCAUCUUAUUGUGACUCCAAUAUAAUAACACAAUGCUUUUGUGACCUAGUUUCAAUAACUAGAUUGGCCUGUGGUGAUUUAAGGAGUCUUACAUUUUUUUCCUUGAUUGUGGCUUUGACUGUGCUGUUGGGCCCCCUUGCUUUCAUCAUAUUCUCCUACAUAGCAAUCAUCUUAACUGUCUUAAAAAUAUCCAAUGUUCAAGCAAUGUACAAAACAUUCUCCACGUGUAGCCCUCAGCUUCUUAUCAUAUGCCUUUACUAUCUGCCACGAUGUGCUGUCUAUAUUACUGAUGUAAAGGUUCAAAUGAACAUUGCUAAUCGCAUUAUGGUGAUUAUGUGGUAUAGUUUGUUUCCCCCUCUUGUUAAUCCAAUGAUAUUCUGCUUUCGAACUAAGGAAAUUCGAGAAUCUGUCAUGAUGAAGCUGAGAAAAAUUCAUAAUGAUCAACUAAAAGCUCCCUGA